AUAUCUGUUUACACCUGUGUAAUAUUAUCUAAUUUUUUUUUUUUUUUCUUUUUUUUCAAAUUAAAUCAAUCCUUCUUUUUCAAAUAAUCUAAUCCGAUUUAUUUCAACUCGAGCAAAAGAAUAUUUUUAAAGAAUUUUCAUCACUGCGACAACAAUUCUAUUUUCAAAGAAUUUGUAAGAGGUCAGGAGAACGCGAAUGACCGAAAAUGGUCGAAGAUUGAACCGAAGAAGUUAUCUCGUCGAUUCUUCGCGUAUGUAUUCCUGGUAGGUGUGUAUUUCUGUAUGGUGGUAUACAUGGACCCCACCUCUUCCAUGAAACUAUCGCUACCUGCGUGGAGAUCAUCUCCGGAGUAAAAGCUGAGAACCGGACAAGCAUAGGGACAGACAGCAUCAUGCGCUUGAUAGCUUUAGUGAUCGUUGCGAUAGCAGUGGUGUCGAUCGAUCGAUCGGCAGCCGAGGAUGUCCCAGAUUUAUCCAGCAACUUGGACGUACCAGCGGCUGCAAUGAAAUUGGAUAAAAAUCUACGCCGAGCUCUUUUGAAGGCUUUAACGGAUUUGGAAACAGAAUCAGUGGAAGAAAGGAAGAACGAGGCUAUUGCUCAAGCAUACACGGCUAAUCAAUUUCAAGAUGUUUCUUCGAAAAAAGAAUUGAAUAAAAAAAUCGGUAUCUCUCAAAAAUCUAGCUUUUCGUUCGAUGGAUUUCCUGGUGACGAGGAAAUACCUAGCGAGGACAAACUUCAAAAUUCAAGUUUCGUUCAGACCGAUAAAUACGUAAUAAUGUCUAGUUCACCCUCGAUGACCAUCGAAAAAGCUACGAGAAACGAUGCUAGAAGUUUUCACGCUCAGAAUAUAAUUACGUCUGAUAAAAAUCGAGAAAUUAACGUAGGACCUAAAAUAGAGGAAUUAAAUGCAAAGAAAUCAAACGUUGAUUCUCAUGUCUCUUACGUUAACAAAAUAGAUAGUAUCGCUUUACAAUCUGUGACUCCAUUAACAGAAGGUCUUACCGGUGUUGCCAGCAACGGUAUCGCAAUAGCAAAUGCAUUACCUUUACCAAAACCAACGGUGUCUAGUCUCACGGAGUCUCCUAAGAUAAACGAUACUUUAACGAAUGAUAAUAAAAUAAUAGAGAAGUCCGAAGAGGUGAAAAUCUUCCAAGCACCGUUAGUAGCGGCAUUUACCGUUCAACAGGACGAAAGUGGUGCACCUAAAAGCGUGGUACCUAUCUUCAGACCAACUGGAGAUGGUCAGGCAUUGACUCUGCAAGAACAAUUGGAAUUUAAGCAAAAACUAUUGGAAAAACAGUUGGAAGAAUUGCAGCAACAGCAGAUUCAACAAACUCAAUUUCUUAUCAGACAACGUCAACUUUACGAGCAACAGCUUAGGCAAAAACAGCAACAACAAUUGUAUCUUCAUGAACAAGCGAGAAUCAAACAGAUCGAAGAGCAAACGAGAUUAAAGCAACUGGAAGAACAGAGAUUGAAACAAUUAGAGGAACAACGAUUGAAACAGUUCGAGGAUCCAAGGAUCUAUCGGUUUCAACAACAAUCUGUACCAUCGCUCCAACAAAAGCAUCGUUUCUUCGAACAGGCUACUAAUCUCUUAAACAUUCCAACGCCAAUAGAAUCCAACGUUCGUCUACAGCCCAGUGUCUCGUUAGAAGUGCCCACCGUUGUCGUUCCACCUCCCUUUCAAGUCAAUUUCCAAGAUCAAUUGAGGUUUCAACAACAUCGUCAACAACAACAACAACAGCAACAACAACAACAACAACAGCAGCAACAACAACAACAAAGAUUACAUCAGAGUUUUGGAGCUAUAACAGAUUUCCAACCACCCGUGGCAGCAUCGACGAGAUUUAACAGGCAAGAAGCUUUCAACUCUGUCGGUAAUUUUGGCUUUAACGAGAAACCUUCAGCAACUAGAAACACUUUUACUUUUGGUAUCCCACAAAGAGGUCCAGUUAAUUUCGUUUAUAAUCCUUACGUUCAGUACAGACAAAUGAGACCUCAGCAAACACCAGCGAAACAAAUCCAACAUCUUCUUUAUCAAUCAGGUAUCGCUGGUGAAAUAGGCAAUGCUGAAGGCUCUGGUGGUCAAGAAGAUUUAAACAUCGUUUCUAAAGUUCUAGCAUUAAAUGUGGGUGCCAUACCCAAUAAGAACCUUCAUUUUACCACAAGUAACCGUGCUAAUGCCGGAUUCGUCGCCAAAGUACCCGCAAAUGCGUGAAAAAAUGAAAUAAUAAUGAAGGAAGAUCCAGACGAGUCAUGUAAAUUACUACAAGACGAUAUUAAGUAUGAAAACGUCGAACUCUCUAUCAUAAUAUAUAUUAACUUCAUUUAUUACUUUUUCUCUUCACUAAAUAUUCCUCCGUAUAUAUAUAUAUAUAUAUAUAUAUAUAUAUAUAUAUAUAUAUAUAUAUAUAUAUAUAUUUCAAUAACAAUAAUGAUUUACUACAAUGUAACUAACGCAAGAAACGAUCUUCCGUCAGCUCAGGUUGUUCGUUA